AUGCAAUAUACCUCUGCCACCAUGCACCUCCAUGGACUACAGUCUGCUGAUUGGCAACUUGAGCCUUCUUAUUCCGCUCCUCAAGACAACAACCAUUUGAUCGACACUUCUUCCCUUCUGGCCAGCUCUUCCGCCUCGACCGGCAACCUUAUCGUACCGGACGCCUCUCUUUAUCCCGCUACUGAUUUCAACCUCUUCCCUACUGGUGAUUCGCCGUAUCUUGGUCAUGAUUUCCAACUGUUUCCCCAAGGCCCUGCUUCACUUUCUACUGCUGGAGAUACUAUUGAUACGCUUGCUAUGGCUCAAAGCAUGAAACUUCCCAACAACAUGGACACGGCAGCGCAAAUGAGCAGAGAUGCCUCUCAGUCUGGUUCUUCUUGGACAAGCCACAAGGAUCGGAGCUCGUCAUCUCCUGAGCACGUUUCUUCAUCCAAGACAUCGUCUACUAAGAGCAGUCCUGUGGUGCAAGAGCCCGCUUCGCGUAUUGAGAAGCGAAAAGCCAACACGCUUGCUGCCCGUCGUUACCGCCAGAAGCGAGUUGAUCAAAUGAGUACUCUGGAAGCUGAACUGAAAGAGAUCAAGGCCGAACGGGAUGAGCUCAAGGUCCGCAAUGCGAGGCUUGAAGGCGAGGUGGAAACUCUCCGUGCUCUUCUUCGUGCGCAAAAGUAA